AUGACGGAGAACCUCCGAAGGCUUCGGCAAAAGGCCAUUCUCUUACCAUACCUGUUUAAUAUGUACACAGAUGCCCUUAAUGUCAAACUGAACUCGCUCCCAAUCGUUUGUAUUGUCAAUGAAACAACUAAGAACAACCUCUGUUACGCCGGUGAUAUGGUUCAGAUAUCCCCAUUAGUCGAAGGUCUCCAACGACUCAUCGACACUUGCCGCCAAUAUGCAGAGGAAUUUGAUAUCCUACACAAUGAAACUAAGACACAGUGCAUAUUCCUGCUUCUGAGAUCCCUUAAGCAUAUUGCAGAACCACAAAUUUUCCUUGGAAAUCAUCGGCUGGAAUUUGUGCAGGAAUUUCCAUAUUUGGGUCACAUUAUCAUGGACAACCUAAAAGAUACAUCAGACACAGAAUAG